AUGCCAAGCCAAUCCCGCAGCAGGGACCGUCCCGAGCGACGAGACCGAGAUCGAGACCGGACACGCGACAAGGAACGCUCACGCCGUCGAGACCGCGAUAUCGAGCGCGAGCGCGAAUAUAUCCGCGGCCGCUACGAGGAGGCAGAUGAGGGUGCUACAACGUCUAGUCCUAGCAAUGCGCGCAAUGCGAAGUAUCGCUUCAGAGGGGAAUCAGGGAAUGAGUCUGCACGGGAUGUUGAUGACGAAUAUGACGCUGCUUAUGAGGAAGAACAAGCUAGACGGCGGGAGAGGAGGGAGAAGAGGAGGAGGAGACAGCGUGAGGAGGAAGAAUUGGAUGGGAGACGGAGGGAUAGGGAGAGGGAUAGAUCUAAGGCUAAGGAGUCGCCUGCUACGUCGCCUGUUAAAAGACGGGAUCGAGAGAGAGAUCGCGAUGGGUAUCGGAGGAGACGGGAUGAGAGUGCCAGUCCUGUCAAGGAUGUGAGGGAGCGCAGGAAUCGGGAUGUUGAUGUUGACUCUGAGGCCGAGGCUAGACGGCGGAGAAGGAGGGAGAGGGAGAGGGAGAGGGAGCGUGAACGGGAACGAGAGCGUGAGCUCGAUUGUGAGAUGGAGACUGAGGCUGCUGCUGUGCCUGCGAGCAAGCAUCGCAGUACUGAGUCUACUAGCAGUGCUUCACAUCUGCUGAGUAGGGAUGCCAUGGCGCGGCUAGCGGCUGAACAUGAUGCAGAAGACCGACGACAGCCGUCUCGCGAUCAAGAAGAUUCGCGCGACGAGCGACGGCGACAGCGAAAACGUGCUGCUCUUGCUAGAGGGGACGCAGCGGCGCUUGGUGCUGACGUUGCAGAGGGCCGGUCUCGUCAUAGACCUGGUGCUCGGGUUGUUUCUGGUGCCUAUCUCGAAGAGGGGCGCAGUCCUAAUGCGAGGGUUCGUCAUCGCGGCGGCGGCCCUCCUCCGGACGAGGACGAGCACUGGAAGGAAGAAGACAGCUGGGAGGGCAGCUAUUCCAGCGGUGGAGGACCGCCAGCCUGGAAGUUCUGGUCGAAUUGGUCGAAGAAGAAGCGCAUUGUGAUUGGAUGUUUGGUAGCUUUCGUGGUGUUGCUUGCUAUCAUCAUUCCCGUUGCUCUUGUUGUUUCGAAAAAGAACAGUUCGGAUGCAGACGCAGGCUCUGGCUCUAGCUCUUCUGGCUCUGGGGGUCCUUCCAACUCCAAUUUGGAUAGUAUCAGCCGUGACAGUAUUCCGAGCUACGCAAAGGGUACUGUCCUGGAUCCGUUUACUUGGUACGACACAAACGGCUUCAAUGUCACCUUCACAAACGCCACAGUGGGUGAUCUUUCUCUUAUGGGGAUCAACUCAACUUGGGAUGACUCUACCCGAGCAAAUGACAACGUGCCUCCUCUUAAUGAAGCAUUUCCCUAUGGUUCCCAACCUAUCCGCGGAGUCAACAUUGGUGGAUGGCUGUCAAUUGAACCCUUCAUCGUACCUUCUUUGUUCAGCAAGUGGUCAUCUAGUGAUGGGAUCAUCGAUGAAUACACCUUGAGCAAGAAGCUGGGCAGCUCGGCAGCAACCACGAUUGAAAAGCAUUACGCUACAUUCAUAACUGAGUCUGACUUUCAGGAGAUCAAGGAGGCUGGACUGGACCACGUUCGUAUUCAGUACUCUUAUUGGGCCGUGAAGACGUACGAUGACGACCCAUACGUUGCCAAAAUCUCGUGGCGCUACCUCUUGCGUGCCAUCGAAUAUUGCCGCAAAUAUGGAUUGCGCGUGAAGCUUGAUAUUCACGGACUUCCUGGUAGCCAGAACGGUUGGAACCAUAGUGGUCGCCAGGGCAAUAUCGACUGGAUCGACGGCACAAACGGCGCGCUCAACCGGAAGCGAUCACUUGAAAUUCAUAACCAGCUGUCCAAGUUCUUCGCUCAGGAUCGGUACAAGAAUGUGGUGACCAUCUAUGGCCUCGUGAACGAGCCUUUGAUGCUGACCUUGCCCGUUGAAAAAGUCCUGAACUGGACUCAAGAGGCUGCAACGCUCGUCCGCAAUAAUGGUAUCAAUGCUACUAUUGUUCUGCAUGAUGGCUUCCUGAACCUUGACAAGUGGGAUAACAUGUUCAAAAACGGCCCCGAUAACAUGUACCUCGAUACCCACCAGUACACUACCUUCAACACAGGUGAAAUUGUGCUGAACCAUACCGCCAAGGUGGAAAUCAUCUGCAAUAACUGGUCCCCCAUGCUCUCGAAUAUUAACUCGACAAGUUCUGGAUGGGGUCCUACUAUUUGUGGCGAAUGGUCUCAAGCCGACACGGACUGUGGCCAAUACGUCAACAACGUCGGCCGUGGUACGCGCUGGGAAGGGACAUACGACACGAGCGACUCUACAGCAUAUUGCCCAACCGCCGAUCAAGGAACCUGCAGCUGCUCCGGUGCAAACAAAGGCCCGUCUGAGUUUUCGGACACGUACAAAAAGUUCCUGUUGACAUAUGCAGAGGCACAGAUGUCUGCUUUUGAGACAGCCAUGGGAUGGUUCUACUGGACAUGGCGCACCGAGUCCGCAGCACAGUGGAGUUACCGCACAGCAUGGAAGAAUGGCUACAUGCCCAGCAAGGCAUACUCGCCAUCCUUCAAAUGCGGUGAUACAGUCCCCGACUUCACUGACCUGCCGGAGUAUUACUGA